UCGACAACAUAGAUGUCGCUUCGGUCGAUGAUUCUAGAUCGUUAGAGAAGUGGCUGGAAAAGUAAGGAAAAGGGUUAUAUACGUAUAAAUAUGGCGAGUCGACAGAUGUACCCCAACCCUUACACGCCUCAACAGCCGAAUAAUUCCGAUUUACCGCCAGGUUGGGAAAUGAUAUUGGAUAAAAUGACAGGAUGGCCAUAUUUUAUUGACCACAACACGAGACAGACAUCUUGGGAAGACCCCCGUAUCCGAAUGGGUCAGAGACAACCACAGCCACCAUCUUACGGAGGAGGUUUACGUGAACUUCCGAUUAAGCAUGAAAAUAGCGGCAUGCCACAGCAGUAUUCACAGAUGCCACAGCCCUAUCCUCAGCAACAGUAUCCACAGCAACCGUAUUCACAACAGCAGCCCUUCCCACCUCAGCAGCCGUGGCAGAAUCCUAGCUCCACCCUCAGUGAUGUACACAUGGCCACUCCCCCGAGGACAUCCACCCCUCCUAGAGUGGGCACACCACCAAGGCAUAGUGGAAACUUCAACACACAACAGGGAAGAUCUUCUCCCGUGGUGAGAGAGAUCCCUAUUCAUCAUAUAUCUUCUACAGGAAAUAGAGGUCAACAGCCUGAGACGUCUACUCAAGGACCCAACUCAGAUUUGGGAGGUUAUACAAUAUACACCGGGGUGUCUGGGGGACCUCAACAAGCACCAACUAGUUCUCAGAACUACCAACAGGGACCAACUAGUCAAGCGUCUGGUCAGCCACAGCCCUUUUCUCAGCCUCCUCAGCAGCCUUACCCCCAGCAACAGUCUUACCAGUCACCACCCCAACCAUCUUACCAACAGCCGAUGCAGCAGGGCUUCCCUCCACCUCCUCACAGUCAGCAACCCACCGCCCCACAAGCCUUCCCACAACCCCCACCAAUGUCGCAAGGUGACGGCCGGGGACCAGCUGAAAGGGUUAUCCCUAUACACCACCAAAGUCAAGGUCACAACCAACAACAGCCUCAUUACGAGGGCACACCACACCCACGACAACAGAUACCACAGCCAGACUACCCCAACUCUGUUCCGUCUGCUCCUCCGUCACAGUAUCAUGCAGGACCAACGGUCAGCCAGUCCAAUACAACUUCAUCUCUACCACAGCACCAUGCUGAUCCAACGGUCAGCCAGUCCGAGUCCGGCAGGAAAGGUUCUACUGAUAGUCUCAACGGACAGUCUGGAGGACAUGGUCAGCCAGAAAAACCUAAACCCAAGACCCCUAUGGACAUCAUAUCAGAUAUUGUCUCCGAGGUUCGACACUACGAAGCAAAAGUUGCUGAUUUUAGGGGUUUAAAGACUGAUAAAGGAUAUAAAUAUCUUGAAGAAAUGCUUACUCGUAAUUUAUUGAAGUUGGACGGCAUCGAGUCCGGAUCAAACAAUGACAUCCGUCAAGCACGAAAAAAUGCUGUACGUGAAAUUCAAGCUAGUUUGGAUCAACUAGAAUUGAAAGCAUUUUCGGCAGAACAAAGUGUGGACUCUAGUCAGAACAGUGCCUCGGAACAGUCGGGAAGCGCCUCAAACAAUAACAAACAGCCUCUUAAUAUAUCACAUAUUUCUGUGUCCUCAACUGAGGAUAAGGCUAAUCCCACCAAAGUCAAAGAAAUGGUUUUAGACAGUGAAAUUAACUGCUAGCUGUGAUACUUACAAGAUUUUC